AUGGAUGGCAGAGCAUUAACUGUAAAAGUAGCUCACGGCUUUGUAAUUCUCGCUCUCUUAGCAGUUUUUUCUAAUAAUUUAUAUUCAUUAAUUAAAAAUGUGAACGUAGUAACACAGUCGUUUACAGUUCAAAGAAAAACAAGUUUGGUUCCUCCAGCAAUGACAUUUUGUAUUACAAGACAAGUAGCAUAUAGCUUUACUUUAGAACUUUAUGGAAAAGUAGUUGCUACGGGAAGCACACCUGCAGAUUAUCUUAGCACUUACAAUAAUGAAACCGUGGAAUUAACUGGUUUAACUAAUGUAGUUUAUAAGUGUUGGAUUAUAAAAUCAGCGAAUGACUCUGCAGUUAUUGUAAAUCCAUCACCAAAUCCGAAUGCAGAUGAUAUGAGAUUUAACUAUACCCGUAUAUUCGACACUCCUGGACGAUUUCAACCUGCUGAUCCAAUUGUCUUAAAUGUUUUCGAUCCAUUAAAACAAGAAACCAAUUUCGCAGUCAGAACACUUUUAUUACUUGAUGCAGAUGCGAAUCGUGCAAUUAGUUUUACAAGGACCGAGUCAGUUUAUUUAAAUAAAACUAUCACUAAUGACAUCACAUAUAAUAUAAUAGAUGAAUUUAGAGAUAAUAAUACAAUGACUACGCCUAAUAAUGCUACUAGUUCAAUUAGAAUUAGUCCAGCAUCAUUUGAUGUGUCUAUAGUAACUGAUGUAGUGCUUAUUGAUCCGUGGACGGUUGUAAUAUUAAGUGUUACAUUAUUAGGAGUAUUGUUUAACUUUUACUUUGUUUUGGUUGGACGAGGUAGAUAUAGACCAUGGGGAUUUAUUAAUUAUAUACUUCGAUAUUUUCCGAUUGAACACAUUAAAGAGAGAGGCGGUGAACUUUCUACUCAAGAAGAAGGUUUAAAGAGUGAUACAAACAUGAAUUUCUCAGAAAAAGUGAAUGAACCAAGUAUUUCGGAAAUAUUGAGGAUUUAUUUGGAUAAAUCUGAACUUGCAAAAUAUGAAAGAUAA